UAAUAUAGUACAGGAUGAUUGAGCCAGAGGUUUCUGCGAACUUCGCUUCGGUUGUGACAGUGAAUUUGUGUGCUGUCUGCGGUUGACUUCUGUGGAUGUGUUCAUCACACAACAGUAAUGUUUGCUCGUUUGUCAUUUUAUCCUACAUUGUUAUACAAUGUUAUAAUGGAAAAAAUUACUAGUCGCAAUUGGUAUGACAGAAUUGACGAUAAUGUAAUUUUGGGAGCGCUGCCAUUUCGUGGAAUGACAAACCAGCUUAUUUAUGAAGAGAAUGUAAAGGCAGUAGUGUCGAUGAACGAAGACUAUGAGCUUUGGCUGUUUGCAAAUGGCAAAAAAGAGUGGGAAAGUAGAGGGGUGAAGUUCCUGCAGCUUCGUACGAGAGACAUCUUUGAGGCGCCAUGUCAGGAGAAGCUGAAGAAGGGUGUGAGUUUUAUCAGCGAGAUGGCUGAGUCAGGUGGCUCAGUGUACGUUCAUUGCAAGGCUGGUCGUACGCGCAGUGCGACACUUGUGGGAUGCUACCUCAUGCAGAAACAUUGCUGGAAACCUGAACAAGCUGUCCAUUAUAUACAGAAUCGCCGUCCCCACAUCCUGUUGCGCUCAAAACAAUGGCAGGCCCUUCACACCUUUUGUGAUAACAAUGUGCCCAGAUGACAGGAAAGGAGAGCAACUUCAGAAUUAUGGAAUUAUCUUGUCUUCACCACCUUUCUGAUGAUGGACAGGAGGCUAUAUUUAUGUAUAUAAGGACAAGGUUUUCUUAAUCAGUUUGAAGUUCUUUGACAUGCAAAAUUAUGUUUAUUAUGUUACUGAAACUUUUAUUAUAAAUAGGCAAGGUUUUUACAUUUUGUAACUUUUAAUGUGCAGUAAAAUUUUAUUAAGUAA